AUGGAGCUGCAGCGCACGCCCCUCCGCAGCCUCCCGCUCCACCCGCGCGCCGCCACCCACCCCACCAAAGCCACGGCGACGGCGACGGCCAGCACCGUCUCCGCAUGCUCGGUGGUCGAACCCCAGUCUCUAAAACCCCGGCCGCAGUUCCCGCGGCCGGCGCCGCUCCACCGGCGCAGGCGGAGCAGCACCCCAUUCGACCUCCCCGCCCUCUGCGCCGCCAUCGAGCAGCUGGUGGCCGCGGGGCGGCACCGGGAGGCCUGCGACGCGCUCCGGGACGCGCGCGCGGGGGCGCCCUUCGCGGCCCUGCCGCCGCCCACCUACGACGCGCUGGUGACCGCCGCCUCGGCGCUCCGCGAGGCCGGGGACGCGGCGGCGGUGCUCUGGCACAUGGAGAGCGCCGGGUUCCGGCCCGACCAGUACAUGUGGAACCGGGUGCUGGGGAUGCUCCUAACGUGCGGGAUGCUCGCCGAGGCGCGCGAGGUGUUCGACGGAAUGCCGGCCCGUAGCCGGGUCACCUGGGGGGUCAUGAUGGGCGGGCUCGUCGACGGGAAGCGCCCCCGCGCCGCCCUGACACUCUUCAGGGAGCUCUGCGACGAGACAGGACCGACCGCUGCUGGACCAAGAGUGCUCGUGGUGGCCGUCCGCGCGGCCACGGUACUAUCCUCAGUGCACGCCGGACGGGAGCUCCACUGCUGCGUCGCCAAGAUGGGGACGUGCGAGGACCAGUACCUGCUGUGCGCGCUCAUCGACAUGUACAGCAAGUGCGGUCACGUCGACGAGGCGAGGCGGGUGUUCGACGGGAUGAUACCUUCUUGGAGAAGCGUCGUGGCGUGGAACACGAUGCUGGCGGCGUACUUGCUCCACGGCCGCAGCGACCAGGCGCUGGACCUCUACCACGACAUGUGCGGGAGCGGCGUCCAGCUGGACCAGUUCACGUUCUCGACGAUGCUCGGCGUUUUCUCCAGGCUGGGUUUGCUGGAGCAUGCCAGGCAGAUGCACGCUGGCCUGAUUCAGAGCGGGCUGCAGAUGGACAUCGUCGGGAACACAGCGCUCGUUGAUCUCUACUGCAAGUGGGGGCGGAUGGAAGACGCGAGGCAUGUUUUCGACAGGAUGCCCAGCAGGAACCUCGUCUCCUGGAACGCUCUGAUAGCGGGGUAUGGCUACCACGGCAUGGGGGCCAAGGCUGUUGAGAUGUUUGAAAGGCUGUUAGCGGAAGGGAUUGCUCCAAACCACGUGACGUUUCUGGGAGUGCUAAAUGCGUGCAGGUUUUCUGGGUUUAUCGACAGAGGGAAGAGGAUCUUCCAGUUGAUGGCUCAUAACCCGAAAACGAAACCACGUGCGAUGCACUAUGCUUGUGUUAUCGAGCUUUUUGGCCGGCAGGGGCUGCUAGAUGAAGCCUAUUCGAUGAUAAGGAAAGCACCGUUCGCCCCAACCGCCAACAUGUGGGGAGCCUUGCUCACUGCUUGUAGGAUCAACAAGAAUAUUCAGCUUGCUAGAUUAGCCGCGGAGCAGCUCUUGGCGAUGGAACCUCAGAAAGUGAACAAUUACAUUGUGCUUCUCAACUUGUAUAUUAGCUCUGGGAAACAUGAUGAAGCUUUGACUGUAGUUAACACCUUAAAGAAGGCAGGGUUACAUAUGGGUGCUGCUUGUAGCUGGAUCACAGUCAAGAAAAAAGAUCACAGGUUUUUCUUUGAUGAUCGUCUCAGCCCAAAAAGUUCAGAAAUUUACCGGAGGCUAGAUACAUUAAUGGAGGAGAUAAAAGAACUGGGUUAUGUCAGUGAAGAUGAUGAAUUGCUCCCAGAUAUUCUUCCUGAUGAGCAGGAGACAUUGAAAGUUUACCAUAGUGAAAAACUUGCGGUUGCUUUUGGCCUUAUCAGCACAUCUCCAUCUGCUCCCUUGACGAUCAACCAAAACCAUCGGUUAUGUCGUGACUGCCACAAGGUUAUCAAAUUUGUGUCACAAGUUGCAAAGAGAGAGAUUACUGUAAGAGAUGCUAGCAGGUUUCAUCACUUCAAACUUGGAACAUGCUCUUGUGGUGACUACUGGUAACUAGGUUGCAUGUUGAGCAGUUGUUAUCCUAUAGUAUGUUGUGCUAAACAAAAUUUGCCGAUGGCUGAUCACUCAAAAGUACUGAAGCCAGCUCUGGACUGGAGAAGCUUCAUUA